GGAGUAGCAGCGUCACCUGGGCAGUGGUUGAUUUUGUUUACAAGCUUGGAAAGAAUGGAAAGGCGUCUGGAAGAAGAGUAGGGGAAGGGGCCGGGGAGUUAGCUCAGUGGUGCCACCGCCUGCCUGGCAAGCACAAGGUCCCGAGUUCCAUUCCCGGUACCAGAAGAAGAACUGAGGAACGGAAGAGCCCGAAGAGUGAGACCUGGAAGGUGGGUCACGAGCCGAUGCCCCCCACCCUGGGCACCAACGUGCUUGGGCGGAAGGUCCUCUACCUGCCGAGCUUCUUCACCUACGCCAAGUACAUCGUGCAAGUGGAUGGGAAGAUCGGGCUGUUCCGGGGCCUGAGCCCCCGCCUCAUGUCCAACGCCCUCUCCACCGUGACCCGGGGCAGCAUGAAGAGGGUCUUCCCCCCAGAUGAGAUGGAGCAGGCUUCCAACAAGGACGACAUGAAGACGUCCCUGAGGAAGGUGGUGAAGGAGACGUCCUACGAGAUGGUGAUGCAGUGCGUGUCCCGCAUGCUGGCCCACCCGCUGCAUGUCAUCUCAAUGCGCUGCAUGGUCCAGUUUGUGGGACGGGAGGCCAAGUACAGCGGUGUGCUGAGCUCCAUUGGGAAGAUUUUCAAAGAGGAGGGGCUGCUGGGCUUCUUCGUUGGCUUAAUCCCCCACCUCCUGGGCGACGUGGUUUUCUUGUGGGGCUGUAACCUGCUGGCCCACUUCAUCAAUGCCUACCUGGUGGAUGACAGCGUGAGUGACUCCCCCGGGGGGCUGGGAAACGACCAGAAUCCAGGUUCCCAGUUCAGCCAGGCCCUGGCCAUCCGGAGCUACACCAAGUUUGUGAUGGGGAUUGCGGUGAGCAUGCUGACCUACCCCUUCCUGCUGGUGGGAGACCUCAUGGCCGUGAACAACUGCGGGCUGCAGGCUGGGCUCCCCCCGUACUCCCCGGUGUUCAAGUCCUGGAUUCACUGCUGGAAGUACCUGAGUGUGCAGGGCCAGCUCUUCCGGGGCUCCAGCCUGCUUUUCCGUCGCGUGUCGUCAGGGUCGUGCUUUGCCCUGGAGUAACCCGAAUCACCUGAGCAGACGGCUCUCGGCCCCACCAUCAGCAGCACCCCACACCCUCGCCGGCCUGGCACAGCUCCAUUUCUGCCCGAGUGUCUGUCCAGCUGUGGGUCAGGAGGGCCGCCUUAGAUCGGGAGGACGUGGGCUGGGUGGGGACUGGGGGAGCGGCCCUUGCUGAGUCCCACAGCUCUGUAACCAGGGCUGUCCUGAGGCCGCUGUCACGUCCAGGCCCUGCCAUAGGCUGCCGCUGGGUUCCGCCUCAUUUUUCUCAACACUACUUUAUGAUGUGAGGGCUGCGCUUCUGAAUGGGAAAUCAUGUGACUCAGAACUGUCCCCUCAUCUCACGCUUGUCCGUGUGAUGGUGACGCCUCGUGAUGGGCCCGGUCACCUGUGCAUCUGUGUGAAUCUGCAGGAAUUGGGCAGAUCAGUGUCUCUAGUCCUCCCCAGUUCAAAACUUCCUGGUAAGAUUGGACCCCAUUUCCCUUGAAUAAAUGUAUCGGUGGUGAUUUGGA